AUGCCGUAUUAUAUUGAAUGUUUGGACGUUUCUAAUCUUUAUAAGCAGGAUGUAGUAGCAGCUCGAAUUAAAAAAGCCGUCGCUACUCAUUAUCCUAAAUUUUUAGCUAAGGAAAGGCCGAAUUUACUAAUAGUUGACGGGGGGAAAGAGCAAGUGAAAGCGGCACAACAAGUUUUAAAAGCAUUAGCAUUGCCAGUGCCAGUAAUUGGACUAGUUAAAAACGAAAAACACCGCACGACCAAAAUAAUUACUAGUGAAUUAACGGAAUUAGAUUUUGGUCCCCACGAAAGAAUUAGAAAUUUUUUUACUAAUUGUCAAGAAGAAGUUCAUCGUUAUGCACUUAAUUUUCAUCGUAAAUUGCAUCGGCAGACAGCUUUACAAAAUAUUUAA